AUGAACGUCUCCGGGACGCUGAACGUGUUUCGGCUUCUGAGAGAUCCAACGUUAUGUCUGCCGCAGCAUACGGUGUCGACGUUCAAUCACCUGCCGAUUCCCCUUUCGAAAGCGUUUCCUAGGAAGAUUGGCAAGGAUGGAGAGAAAGAAGUCGACAUUCGUGCGGUAGUCCUUGACAAAGACAACUGCUUUGCCAUACCACACACUAAUGAGGUGCAUACACCCUACAAGGAUCAUUUCCAACGCCUCCGCAAAGCCUACCCAGGCUCCAAACUUCUCAUUGUGUCCAACACAGCAGGCACCAACUCUGAUCCGGAGCUCAAACAAGCAGCAGUCCUAGAAGCCAACACCGGCGUCAAAGUCCUCCAGCAUUCAACAAAGAAGCCUGGCUGUAAAGACGAAGUCAUGGCAUACUUCAGGGCGCACCCGGAUUCUGGUGUAACAAGGCCAGAUCAAAUCGCUGUCGUAGGUGACAGGCUGUCAACUGACAUCAUGAUGGCGAACAUGAUGGGAAGCUAUGGUUUCUGGAUCAGAGAUGGGGUUGACAGACUGCGAGGCUUCCUGUUCCGAAAAGGAUAUGCUGCGCCAGAUCCAAGUCGCAACAACCAGUUUGAGUAA